AUGGAGCAAGAGGCAAGGAAGGAUUGGAAUUAUAAGAAGGAUGUCGAACCAAUAUUGAAACGCGGGAACGGGGUUUUUAUAGGUCAGAGUGAUGGCGCCAAGAUCUCGACGAUUUCAACGUUCGGGAAACUCCUUGACCGUUGGAUGGUGAAUGAAGAGUCACAUGGGCCCGAUGGGGCGAGGAGGGAAGAGUACGCUGUUGAGUUUAACAAGCAAGAGAAGCUGGUGACGUGCUGGAUUGCGUCUGAAUUGGGGAAGGUCUGCUGGAAGGCUCCAAUAGUCCCAUUCCACUGUAAUGGAGACUUACGCCUCGAUGGCAAAUGGGUGUCAGGCAAAAUUCGCGGUCCCCUUUGCAGUGCCACGUCUGUGAUGGAGCACCGAAGUUGCUUCACGUCUCCCACAACUGAGCGGCCUUACAUGUUCUCGUCUCUUGAAGUUACAGGUCUGGCAGAUCCUACGUACGACGAUGCAUACCUUUCAGCCGAUGGAGAUAUUGGGGAAAUUCGCUUGCAGAUCAAUAGAGUGGUACCCCUGCAGUUAAAGGCUCUUCAGAAGUCGAUGACACCGUCACUGGACCAAAAGGUUCAUGAACGCUCAAAGAAGGCAGUGGUGCAUAGGAUCGGGUUUGGGGAGGAGAAAGUCGUAUCUAAUUCAACCAGCUCGUGGAAAAUAGAACGAGUAGAGAGGCUUGCCAAUUUUGUGUUCAAAUACAGGAAUAUCGAUAUGCUUCAAGCAAACGGUAUUGCUCCGCCGUCUCCGGAGCCCCAACCUCAAAUGCCUGAACCUGCAAGGGUGGGAGUGAAGCGCAAGUCUCUUUCGAUAAAGGAGGAGGAUCGUCAAGAUGAUGCGGAGGAUGGUGACGAGGACGCUGAUGACGAGGAGAAGGCCUUAUUGGCCAAGCUCGCUGAGGUUCGCGCAAGGCGCGGUCAAGGGAACCCAAACCAUCCACGGAAGAAAGGGUUAUCGACCUCACAUGACUAUGAGGUUGGAAGUGAGCAUUGGCUUUGUACCACUCUCCGAUUUAUUCAUUGUUCGUCGACUAUAUUAAUUGGUGGUCUGUGCACCGUUCUCUCAGAGGUAUACGUAGCAUCGCUAAGCGCUUCAGGAACCCAAUUUGCCGACAACAAUUGGCAACAGUUCAUGAUAUUGUUCUUGGAGCCGAUUCUCUCUUCGAUCGUUGAGGGAAAUCACAGUAGGCUGAACCAGCCCUCUGUCUCUGUCUUCUCAUUUUGUAUUGUAGAUUGUCAUCCAAGACCAGUCGCAGCACCUCCAAGAUGGUUUCAGAUCCUGUUCCUUAACUUGAAGAAUGUUGCUGGCCGAUGCUUGUCGGUGCUCCUGGACUUGAUGACACCUCUGCAACGGAAUCAGAAGUUUGAAGCCCAUUGCUCAUGUGGGGUCAAUGGCUUUGAAGCUGUCGCAACGAGCCUUAACUCAUAG